AGUUCGAAAACCGUAUACACUAUCUACGACUUAACGUGAUGGAAAGCUUGCUUGGAGCGAUAUGGCCUUUCAGAAGAGCGUUAGCCUCAGCAGAUGGUUCAUCUACCAACUCCAGAAGGCGAAAUCCUAGACAUCUUCAAGGACGUGUGUCAUCGAUUGGAGACUUGGAGAAGUUAGCUGAGCUCCAGCAUUACAUUCUCACGGGAGAUUUGAGUGGCUUCACGAAGGGCCUUGGAUCCUUCCCCUCCAGUCUUGAUAUUUUGUAUCCCUCCCGAUGGGUAAUCAGACCGGCUCUGGUGAUCCUAAAUCCCCAAGGCAGGCAUUUGCAGAGAAGGCUGCCAGCCAGCCUGUGUUUGCUUCAUGUGGCAGCCAGCCGAGGCCGCCAGGACAUGGUGGAGCUGCUCCUUGCGGCAGGUGCUUCUCCAAACGUCCUGGACUCGAACGGUGAGUCGGCUCUCCACCACGCCGCUACCAACCCAGGCAGCUUCCGGGCUUUGCAAUUCCACUCCUUCGCCGACCAGUCACGGCUUGUGGCUAGGUGGACAAGCGGAAGCCAUCGGUGUGUCGAGCUGUUGUGCUCGGUACCGGGCAUCGACGUGAACAUCAACAGCCGUCUGGACAAGUCCACCCCUCUUCACAGGGCCUGUGAGGCGGGCCGUCACGCGAGUGUCUCUGUGCUCCUAGCUCACGGAGCCGACCCAAAUGUCCUGAAUUCAUUCGGUGAAACCCCGGCAGCGAUGGCCCUGAUAGCCGGUCACGAGCAUGUCUUCCGUCUGUUCCUGGAUCUCGGUAUCAUUCACGGGAGGCUGGACGCUAUACCGUACAUCCUCCACACGUGCGUCAAUGCCUACACCGAGUCACCGACUCAGGAUAAAUUCAUCAUAAUCGAGGAGAUUCUCCAGCACGAUGUCGACUUGAAUGAGCAAGACCAGCUCGGAAACGCACCGCUCCAUUACGCCGCAGCAGGCUGCCUGGUGGACUACCACCUGAUAUCAACUCUCCUUGCACGGGGAUCAGACGCGGACUUGAAGAACAAAAUGGGCAGGACUCCUCUCAUCGAGUUCUUCUUUUCGCACCAGAUCCACAUCAACUACGCCAACAUCAAAUCGGUGGUUCUCCUAGCAUCCCACAUGACCACGACACCGUCAAUCCCAGCCGGGCAGUGUGUAGCCGACAACGUGCACAGCGGCCUGUGGUCUCGGUUGUACCAAGAGAUCACGGAGAUCAUCCGAGUUGUAUCCAUCAAGUUACCGUCUCUCCGCUACCUCUGCCGGCAAGCUGUGCGACGCGCCGUCCGGCCUCACCGGCUCGGGGAUCAAGACAUCAUACGUGAACUACCCCUUCCGAGAGUCUUGAGAGAUGAGGUGGCCAAUCGCGUAGACCCUGAGAGCUACUGCGGACACUUGGUCGAUUACCUCCUAGAACGGAGGGAGUUACCUCACCUUGAUUUCCUGAAUGGCUCCUUGGAUCCCAGGCUAAAUGAUUGAAUUCGUGUGGGUUUUCUUUAAUGUGAAAAGGCACGCCAUAUAUCGGCACAAAGUUUGGUACUCAUAGGUACGGUAGCUCAUCACUAAUAAAGCUUAAAGCUUUACCCCGACAGCUCUAUGAUCGUUGAUCUCCGAUGUCUUUGAUCGAAAAUGAUCCAAACAUUCAAGGAAUUUUGCUUUCAGAACAUGUAGGACCUACACUCCUAGACUAGAAAUUUAACGAGAUGUCACCUUACACAUAUUGGUGAUGUUUAUAUUUCUCAGAAAAAAACCUUUUAAUCACUAUUUGUUGUGUUUUUAUGAUUGUCUUUCAAGAUCGGGUUUCGUCGAAUAAAUUAUAGAAAUUAUUUGUACGAGGGUAGUAUCCUGCAUUACUGCUCCGUUAAGGAUAUGCUCAGUUUAAAAAAAAAUCAAACAAAGAAUUCAUGUUUAAUUUGUGCCGACACAUUUUGAAAAAGUUAUGAUUAAUUGAUUCAAUAAACUAAA